AAUGCCUCCAUCUGUCGAAUCUAUUCCCACACACUCUAGCAAUGAACUUGGCGUUCAUUCUAGCUACUCUAACGAAGGUACGGCUAUGGAGACCUCAAAACGUCAAGUAUUAGGCAUCUCUGGUCUUAUGCCAGUCCGUGUCGAGAGCUUUGAGAUCCAAAAGAAACGUGCCCUGAAGCAACUUCGGUCCAAACAGGCCCCUAUUGAAAAGUACAUUUUCAUGGCUCAAUUGCGAACUACCAAUGUCCGUCUAUUUUAUAAAAUUAUUGUCGAUCAUCUUGAGGAACUUGCUCCUGUAAUCUACACUCCUACGGUAGGAACAGCUUGCCUUGAGUACUCAAAUAUCUAUCCAUUCUUGGCUGGUCCAGGUGUUCCCGAUGGUCUCUAUCUUACAAAGGCUGAUCAUGCCACACUCUGCAAAACCAUCCGUCAGUAUCGUCCUUUCCCUUCAGAGUCUGCCUUUGACCCUCAGAUUGCAGUAAUCUCAGAUGGUUCUCGUAUUCUUGGUCUGGGUGAUCUUGGCGUGAAUGGUAUGGGUAUCCCGAUUGGAAAGCUCCAGCUCUAUGUUGCUGGUGCGGGUAUUGAUCCUCGCAGAACAUUGCCCAUUAUGCUUGAUCUGGGAACCAACAACAAGAAGUUCCUUGAGGACGAAUUCUACCUUGGAUUGAGAGAGACCCGUCCUGCAGAUGAAGAAUUUUACGAGACCGUCGACACAGUACUCAAUGCACUCAAGACAGUAUACCCUAAUAUGAUCAUUCAAUUCGAGGACUGGUCGUCUGAGCAUGCCUUUGGACUCCUCGAGAAGUACAAGUCAGAAAUCACCUGUUUUAACGAUGAUAUUGAGGGAACCGGUGCCGUUAUCUUGUCUGGUGCAAUCAAUGCUAUCCGCAAGGUUCAUUCUGAGUCCAAUGUAGAGCCAACCAACCAUCGCAUCGUAUUCUAUGGCGCUGGCUCUGCCGCAAUUGGUGUAGCCAAACAGAUCCAGACCUACUUUGAAAAGGAAUUUGACAUUCCCGAAGAAGACGCAAAGAAGAUGUUCUGGAUUGUGGACAGCAAGGGUUUGGUCACACUUGAUCGUGGAGAUAACCUUGCGCAACACAAGAUAUAUUAUGCCCGCCAGGACAACGAGGAGCAGCAGUACAAGGACCUCAUGGAUAUUGUCAACUACGUCAGACCUACUGCCCUUAUCGGUCUGUCAUCUACUCCAGGCGCAUUCACACCCGAUGUACUUGGUCGUCUGGCCGAAAUAAACGAACAGCCCAUUGUCUUCCCUCUCUCAAACCCAGCUACUCUUGCUGAGUGUACAUUUGAACAGGCCAUGGAGUCUACUGAUAACCGGGUCAUCUUUGCUUCUGGUACCGCAUUCCCUGCUUACACUAUCGCCAGCACUGGUGAGGUCCGUACUCCAGGACAGGGCAACAACAUGUAUGUCUUCCCUGGACUUGGUCUCGGUGCAAUCUUGGCUCGCUCUACUGUAAUCUCCGACAAUAUGAUCUACGCAGCUUCAAAGGCUCUUGCAGAUUCACUUACACCUGAAGAGCAGGCUCGUGGGUGGCUCUAUCCCUCCUUGACCCGCAUCAGAGCUGUGUCUGCUAUUGUUGCUGCCGCUGUAUGCCAAGAGUCUGUAAAUGAAGAGUCUGCACAGUCGGAGGAAAUCAAGGCCAUUACAUCGCAUGAUGAACUUGUCCAAUAUGUCUCCGAGCGUAUGUGGUCCCCUUCCCAGGAUAACUACGGCAGUGACAGCCUGAUUGCUCUUCAGAAAUCUAGUAGAAUCUAAAUUAGAGAUAUCCGAGUCUCUCUUUUUUUUUCUUUUAUAUCAUCAAAUUCUUUUCAUAAACCUACAUACCCCUCCAACCUCCAUAAACAAUCAUAAUAUAUAUAUAUAUAUAUAUAUUUAUAAAAUAAAAAUAUAUACUUCAAAUCAAGCAAAUAUUAUAUCAAUAAAAUGGUCAAUAUUUAGCAAAGCAUAAUAUUGUGAUCCUCUUUACAUUGC